AUGGCUAACACCUUGUCGUCGGGUGCUAUCUACUCCUCGCGCGUGCUCAUCAGAUGCUCCUCGUCGGAGAGGGGAGGGCAGCAGCGCAGCAACGCCGCCGUGAGGGUCAACGGGGCCACGCACCGCGCCACGCUACAGGUGGGGGCGGCGCUGGAGACGUCCAUCAACGAAACGCUGGCGGAGCUCAGCGCCCCGCUGCUGGCGCCGGCGACGGACGGACGGGAGCGCAGCCGGCAGAACAUCCCGACGGAGAAACAGGCCGAGGAUCCUUUCCGGCAGGCGCAGAUCGUGGAGGGCGGCGUGCGGUACCAGCAGACGGUGGUGGUGCGCUCGUACGAGGUCGGCCCUGACCGAACGGCCACUCUCGAGACCCUGCUUAAUCUUCUCCAGGAGACGGCAUUGAACCACGUGUGGAUGUCGGGCCUGCUCGGCGACGGCUUCGGCGCGACGCACGGCAUGAUCAAGAGCAACCUCAUCUGGGUCGUGUCCAGGAUGCACGUCCAAGUCGACCACUACCCAUUAUGGGGUGAUGUGCUGGAGAUUGACACGUGGGUUGGCUCGUCGGGGAAGAACGGGAUGCGGCGUGACUGGCUCAUCCGCGGCCGCGGCUCCGGCAACAUCUACGUCCGAGCAACCAGCACGUGGGUGAUGAUGAACAAGAACACCAGGAGGCUGUCCAAGAUGCCAGAGGAGGUCAGGGGUGAGAUCUCGCCGUGGUUCAGCGACCGCCACGCCAUCCACGAGGAGGCCACCGACAAGAUCAUCAAGCUCGACAGCAACGCCAGACACGUCGACUCAGGCUUGAAGCCGAAACGAAGUGAUCUCGAUAUGAACCAGCACGUCAACAAUGUCAAAUAUGUACGGUGGAUGCUUGAGACUAUCCCCGAUCAGUUCUUGCAGCACCACCAGCUUAGUAGCAUCAUACUGGAGUACAGGAAAGAGUGUGGAAGCUCGGAUGUUGUGCAGUCUAUUUGCCAGCCAGAUGAGGACUCGGUUUCGCCAAGCGAGAACGUUACCAUGGUGAGGGGACCCUCACUCUUGCCAGAAUUCAUCAAUGGCCACCACAGCUUGGCUGGUGCAUUGCAACAAUGGCCAACGAAGUACACGCACCUUCUGCAACUAAAAGCAGGUGAUGGGUACGAGGAGAUUGUGAGAGGCAGAACCACAUGGAAGAAGAAGUUAUAA